AUGGUCCCCAACUCUCCUACUGAUGUGGAACAGCCAAACUGGAGGGAACCCGCUUACACCGCCCAAUUCCCCCAGCACCUCCUGUCCGUCGUGGAUCACUCCACAUGGGGAGACCUCGCGGCCAUCGACGAGAUCGAGGAGCCCACGCCCAAGCAGAUGAACUCCCACAUCUAUUUCCUCAUGGAAAUUUUCUGGGCCUCUACGAGCUACACAGGACGAAAGCUCUGGGGCGCAUUCAAGGACGAAUUCGACGAAUGGACCGUCCAACGAUGGGACAUGGUUCCCGACCGUACCCGAAAGCACCUCCGCGCCUUCCUGAGCACCAACGGCGUGUAUGUCGACAACACCAACAUCCCCCUGCCCGCAAAGUUCGAAGCCAUUGCCAAGAGAACGACUUUCCGCGCCUGGACCAGCGACGAGAUCAACUCUGCGAGGGAGAACAGUACAGCGUUCUGGAAGAGACUGGAAGACCCCAAGUUCGUUGAGGAUAUCCAGGAACUUCUCCCGUGGACGCCGACGAUCCCGGCAAUCCCGGCGGCCCCAACGACCAUCCCGACACAACCACAGGUGCCCCUGACCACGCCGGCACUCCCCCUGGCAACCCCGGCCCCUCAGCGACUCCCACAAACAACCCCGGCACCGAGACAACAGGACCCCAUUCCCCAGAUGGCACCGGCACGUGAAGCAGAUUGGGAGACAACUCCGGAGGUCAAACAAGACCCCCAGACCUGGCCCCGCCCCCCCGAGGAACUGUACUACGCACCACGAGGGAACCCUAGACACCUCGCAGAUUUGGCCGAGAUGUACAACGAUGACAUGAAGUACGGCGGCGGGGACUACGACGUCCUCGACGUCAAAAUCGCAAUUUUCCGAGAUGCUUGCAAUCGAAUCGGAGUCCCGAGAUGGCAAGCCAGCGACGCUUUUCCCACCAUGCUCAAGGAUCGAGCACUGCAAUACUACUACAACUGGCUUUGCAGCGGCCCCCGGGACUACGAUGCCAUGGUAGCCAAGAUCAGAGGAUACUUCGAGAACGAAGAGCAGCAGCACCGGUACCUGACAGCAUGGCGCGACGCCAGAUUAAUCAACAUGCAGGCCGAGCACCCCGACAAGUCCAAAUCCGAGUGCCUGGAACUUCUGAUCAACAGGCUUGCCCUGAUUCAACGCGCAGUACCGGCAAUUGGCCAGACAGAGGAUACACUGCGCAUGCAACUCUUGAACGCAUGCCGUGGUGUUGCCGAGGCCAGGAUGGCCCUCUUCAACCCGGCGCCAACCUUCGAAGGCGUCCGCAACCAGCUGCAAGCGGCGAUUGGAAUCACCACCGAAAAUCCCGGACCUCAACAGUUCAACACCGACGCCACUGACUCGGAGACGUUCUGGACGGACAGGACAGGAAGAUUCCACAGUACCUUCUUGAACGAUUCUGUGCCGGCAGAUGCGAAUCAAACUACGACGCUCCUGGCGAACGCGGCCACCCACCACUUCUUAACGAAGGAAGACCCUUUUCAAGAGCAGGACCCCUCGGAGACUUACACCGCCGAGGGCCGGUAUUCUGCAACAACUUUUAGGGGUAUCAUGCCCGACUCCGGAGCCGCACAAUUCUCAACAGCGGGCCAACCGCAAUUCCAGGCCCUGCAACGUCAACUCCCCUCAACUACCCUGGAUACAACAAGGGCCGGAGAAGCCAUCGUCAAAUUCGGCUAUGGGACACCUAAGGCCUCCUUGGGAACAACAACAGUGCCCACACCCCUGGGAACGAUCGAUUUCCAUGUGAUGGAAACGGAGACCUUUGGUGGACUACGAAGGGGAGAUUUGAGGACAUCACUCGAGGCCUUACGUUCAGGCCAAAUCAAAAUCAUUCGCAAGGCUGCGGAUGCGUUUGGUGUACCGAAGUCCACUCUCCACAGACGCGUCAAGGGGGGCGGUACGCGUCAAGAAGCUCAAGUCAAGAACCGAAAGCUACGCCCAACUGAAGAAGCAGCCUUGAUUCAAUGGAUCGAGUCAUUGGACGACCGUGGGAUGUCGCCGACGAUCGGUUAUAUCCGACAGAUGGCUGACCUUCUUCUCCGCGAGCGUGGAGGCUUCACUCUACUCGACGCGUCUCUUACAUCCACCCCGGUCCCGGCAAUGACUGUCGGUGAGAACUGGGUCCAGCGGCUUCUUCAUCGGCAUCCCCAUCGGGAGACGAAGUAUUCUAGAAAGUACGACUAUCAACGGGCCUUAUGCGAGGAUCCAGAGAAGAUUUCAGCGUGGUUUGCACGAGUGCAAAGGACCAUCAACGAAUACGGUGUUCUUGACAGCGACAUCUACAACUUUGACGAGACUGGUUUCCAGAUGGGUGUUGCAAGCACGUCUAAAGUGGUCACUCGAUCUGACCGACGGAAUCGACCUGUUGUUAUCCAGCCGGGAAAUCGAGAGUGGACAACUGUCAUCGAGUGCAUUAACGCAUCCGGCUGGAGUGUUGACCCGAUGAUUAUCUUUGAAGGAAAAGUCCACAUUUCGUCGUGGUACGACGGCUCAGUGCUGCCAAAGACAUGGCGGAUUGGAGUCAGCGAUAACGGCUGGACAACCCGAUGA